GAUGAAAACACACACACACACACACACCCUACUAAGUGUAAAUAAAGACUGAUAUCCCAGGAGGCCACAGGCUGCCACACAAGACACCACGUUACUUCCUAAAUGAACUGGGUGGGUUACGGUCACAGGUUAUCUCGAAUCUGUUUGGGUUUCUGUUUUUGUUUUUGUUUUUGUUUUUUUUCUCCACCAGCAUCCGAAAGCGUCUCAGCCAAUGGGAGCGAAGAGUCGGCACCUCCCUGCUCCCCUCCGCCCACCCAGAGCUCUAAUUGGCUGAUGCGCAAAUCAAUUUCCCCAAUACUCUCGCGGAAUAAAUACUUGAUGGAAAUCUGCCCUCCCACCGAUAUCUAUGUAAUGCUCGGCGUAGUGCCAUUCACUCACCACACACAGGGGCUGCAUUUAAGCCCUGUAGACUUGGAGGGAAGAGGCACACGCUGAUGCAGGCUUGAAGGCAGGAAAACAGCACACCCGAACUAGCACCAUGAGUAUGAACUACGCAUCCGCGGCGCCCACACAGAGGUCAACGUCGUUUUUUAUAGAGGACAUCUUAUUGCACAAGCCCAAGCCGCUGAGAGAGGUCAUCCCGUCGCCGUUCUGCAGCUCCCUCGCCUCCCGGAUGCCCAUCCUGGAGUAUGGAUACCCGCUGAUGCCAACGCCGAUCCUGGCGCCACAUCCGCACCAUCCUCUCCACAAGCCAGAGCACCAUCAGUAUUUCUUCACGUCUGGGAUGCAAAUGCCGGCCUUGUUCCAGCACCACGCAGAGUUACCGGGCAAGCACUGCAGACGCAGGAAGGCCCGGACGGUUUUCUCCGACUCGCAGCUGUCCGGCCUGGAGAAGCGGUUUGAAAUCCAGCGGUACCUGUCCACGCCGGAGAGAGUGGAGCUGGCCACGGCGCUCAGUCUGUCCGAGACACAGGUGAAAACGUGGUUUCAGAACCGGCGGAUGAAGCACAAGAAGCAGCUGAGGAAGGCGCAGGACGAGCGGAAGACGCCCGGAGAGCUGGAGCGAUCCGCGGAGAACUCCAGCGAGAGCGAACUGAACGACAAGAGCGCGGAGGAGCUGAAACACGGCCUGGGCCUGGAGCCGGACUCAUACAUGCUGGACGAGAACGACGACGAUGUGGAUAUCGAGGAGGACAUUUGUUCCCCGGAUCAUCUACUAUAGUAGGGCUGCUGCAGAGUUUUUUUUUUUUUUUUUUUAAUUUUAGUGCGGCGAUCCUCAUUGUAAAUAUUGUAGGUAGAUAACACUGACUCUUUUCCUCCUCAUCCCUUGCAAAUAUAUAAGUUACCGAUUUAAAAUGAUGGGAGGGGUAUAGGAUAUAAAAUAAAAUGUUAAUAUUUAUUCAAACAUGUAAAGCUGAUUUUUUUUACAAUUGUAAUUUUCUUGUUGUCUUGUCUGACAAAACAAAAUCGAACACUUAUUAUUAUUAUUAUUAUUGCUAUUAUUAUUAUUAUUGUUAUUAUUAUUAUUCGUCUUUAUUUACAGGCAGGAAUUCUGCCCAAAUGACUUUAAAUAAGAGUGUCCAAUAUUUGUAAGAGACAUCGAGUUACCCCACCGUUUUGCACUUUUAUCCCAAACGAUUCUUUUUUCAUUUUGUUUGUUAUUAUAAUUAUUUUAUUUCCUCUCAUUGUGUGUGUGUAUAUAUAUUGCAGUUUGUUUUGUAAUUCAAAACCUGAUUUGAAUUAACUGGCUGUAUUAUUUUCGUUUGUAAAUAUAUAUAGUCUAUACAGUAUGUAAUGGAUCAGACUAUGGCUCCUCUCCCUUUUUUUGUACCAUAAAUCACCCUUUUUAUUUGUCGUUUUCACACCGCAACCGGGCAGGAAUUAUCAUUAUUAUUAUUAUUAUUAUUAUUAUUUUAUUUUUUUUAAAUCAGUGAUCCUCGUUUCAUGGUCAGC